AUGCCGCCGCGCACGGGGCGCAGGCAAGCGUCCGUGUUCUCGUGCGACGAGAUCGGCGUCGAGCAGCUACACUCGCUCAAGGAAAAGUUUGCCGGCGGCGACUUGACUGAAGUCGAAUUUGUCCGCCUUUUUCGCGAAACCAUCGAUUCGACCUUGAGUGAGACGCAGUUGACGGAUUUGUUCCAGAAGAUCGACGCCAACUCGGAUGGGACGGUGAGCUGGGACGAAUUCACCAACUACAUGUUUCUCAGUGGCAGCGACAACGCCAUCUCGAAUUUGAGCGACGACAUGAGUUGCCGGUACAUCACGACCCAGCCAGACAAGGUUGUGGAUGUGGUGGAGGCUGGUGGCGGCGACAGCUCGGCUGUUCGACCGGCAAACAAUCACAAAGACAUCAUCACGCGCAUCGUUCCACUAGAUAAACCCCAUUUGUACGUGACGGCAAGUCGCGACGGCAGCGUGCGCACGUGGAACUCGAACACGCUUGCGUACCAAACGACGAUUGCGACUGGUCGCAACUGGAUCACCGACUGCUCGUACAUGAAGCGGUCAAAUCGCUUGGCUGUGUCGAGCAUGAACCGAACGCUGGCGUUCUACGACAUGUCAACGGGCCAACCUGUGGGCGACCUGUCCGAGUACUCGAAAAAGCAGUGCAUUCCACUCUGUUUGGAGUACGUGGAAAAGCCGAGCGAUGAAAAAGAAGCGCUCGUGAUCGGGGACGACACAGGCGGCAUCACGGUCAUGACCACGUCCAAUCAAUGGUCCAACUGCGAUGGCCGCCCUGGCGCCCACCAGCUCGAAACGCAUGGCUUUUCCACUCGAGCCAAGUACAAAAAGCACACCGACUGGAUCACUCGCGUCAAGUGGGUGCACGACAUGCGCGCCAUCGUCGCCACGUCGCUCGACACCAACAUCUCGAUCAUCGACGUCGAGCGCAUGGUGGCCAAGUUUGAAUAUUCCAAGCACAAAAAGGGCGUGUUCGACCUCGUCUGGUCGUCGACGUCGCGUCUCAUCGCGAGUUGCGGCAUGGAGCGCGACAUCUCGAUCUGGAAUCCAUACUCGUCGCAGCGCGCUGUCGCAACGUUGCGGGGCCACACGGCGUCCGUGCUGCACCUCGCUUGCGAUGACGACAACUUCCAGAUCGUGUCGGUCUCAUCGGACAACAUUUUCAAGGUGUGGGACAUCCGGAACCACCGAUGUUUGCAAACGUUUGCCGACCGAUUCAAGAGCACAGGCGGAGCAGACAAUCGAAUCUCGUCGCUGCUGUUUGACCCCAAGGUGCCGGGGCUUAUCAGCGCCACGACCCACUUGGCCAGGUGGCCGCUCAAGAUGAUUUCGUCCGAAGAAGCCGAGCUCAUCACAAAGAAGGCGCCGUGCAUUUCGUGCUACAACUCGGUGUUCAACCAAGUGCUGACAGCCGAAAUGAGCGAAGAAGGCGUUGUGAAGACGUGGAGUGCGGAAACGGGGGAAGAAGUGUGCAGCUUCAACAACGCGCACGGCUCGAGUCCAGUCACUGCCAUGUCGUUCGACUGCGCCGGCCGCCGGCUCAUUACCGGCAGCCACGAUGGCGCCCAGGUCAAAAUGUGGAACUUCAGCAACGGGGCGCUCGUAAAGCAAUUUCUCAAAGAAGAAAAGAAGGCUACCGAACCCCACGUGUCUCCGUUUUCGGUGCCCCCCCCACGCCCGCCGCGAGUCCGCGAUAUUGUCGUUCUGCCUGACGCGUUUGACGCAGAGAAGCUGCUGGAUGGCUCCAGCUCGAAGCUACCGAGUCCGACCCGGACGACCCUUAAAGCUUCGAAUCCUGACACGACGACGACGCCGCAUCCCCCAUCGACGCCGUCCACGUCGUCGCAGCACCAUCAUCACCACCAGCGGUACCAGCAAAGCGAAGUCACGUGCAUCUUGGACAUCGAGCGCAACGUGCGCGUCGGCAUGGGUGAGUACAUUUGCCAGCGCUUCGUGGUCUCCGUCGGGUGGGAUCGCAGGAUCUACAUUUGGUUGGACUCGAAUGACGAGGACGAGCCCCUGCCAAUGUGGAUCAUCGCCGCCACCGACACAUCCAAGUGCCACACAGAUGACAUCCUGAGCGUUGUGUACAUCCCGCCAGCGACAUUGGCCACGUCUGGCUUGGAUGGCAAGAUAUUGCUGUGGAACUUGAAUUCGGGCGAGUUUAUGUCCCAGCUACACCAGAGCGACGGAGCGAUCGAGUGCAUGAUGUACUGCAACAAGUUGGAGCUCCUCAUGGCGGCCGGGGACGAAGGCAAGCUCAUCACGCUUGACCGCGUUUCGUCGGUCAAAACGGAGAUACCGCUGGAGCACCCCACUGGCGAGUCCGUCGUUGUCAUGGCGUGCGAUCGGUGCGGUGACAACGUCAUCACGGGCGACUCAGCGGGGUACAUUCGGACGUGGGGGCUCAGCGUCUCGCUCAAGGACAAAGGCAUGUACUUUGAGCACGGGUGUCAGUGGCGCGUCGGCGGCGGUCGCAUCCUCAGUCUUAACUUUAUUGAGAACACGCGUCAAAUCGACCUGUUUGUGCUGGUGUCGAGCGGGAACGGAGAAGUCAGCCUGUGGACACUCGACAGCGUGCAGGUCGGCGUGUUUGGACGCCACAAGUACUGGCACUUGGGCAAGCCAUCCACGUACAGCGCGUCGGCGCCUCAAGCGAACGCGCAUGCAGGCAAACACCACAAGCAUUUCAUCCCGAGUCGAUCCAUUGCGGCCGCACUGACCCACACGCAGCACAUGGAGUCGCAGCUCGCGGAAGACUCGAUGCCGAAGCCUGGUGAAGUGUGGAUCAGCCGAUCUGCACACCACCACAGUCAUCGCAACUCGGUCGACUUGAUGUCGUCACAGGUCGCGUCUACCGUCGGCAAGAUCGUCACGACGUUGUUGUUGAGCGCUUCAGGAGACGAAGCCAACUUGCUCAUUCGGAAAGCGUCCAUGAGCAUGGCACGGGACUCGACGUCCGAUAUCGCCGACAUCAUCACCGUGAUCAAGGUAUCCAAGGGUGAAAUCUUGGCGUGGGAUGGCAUUGCCCAGCAAAUCAAGCAGAAGACACUCAAGCUAGAAGAGUUUGUUCGGGACAACAUGUGGACCAAAGACUCGCACUUUUCGCAGUGCAUCGGGCGGUGCUUCAUGAGCACGCACGAAAACACGCCGUACAAGUGUCUGUAUGUGGCCAUCAAGUCGGUGCACAUGAGAAAUACCUCUGAAGGCGCAUUUGCCUUCGUGGACACGGAAGGCAGUCGCCAUCGAACGCAAAUGCUAGACUCGGCGGUCACGACGCACUCAAAACUCAAGAGCGUUGCACGGACACUCAUCUCGGCGUCGACUCGAUUGGGGCAGAAAGCGACCCACAACGCGGCCCUGCGGACAAUGACGGCAAAGAAGCACCUUGACAAGGACAUGAAAGGAAUUGCAGAACUUGUCCCGACAAGUGGACACAACGGACAGCUCCCACAAACAGUCAGCGGCAAGACCACCACCACGGGAAUCAAAGACGCCGAAAAAAUCUUGGGACUGGCAAAACCAAGCUUUGUCUGCUCGACGCUGCCGCUUCUUCGCCCGAAAGAAAAGCACGCCAUGGGCGGCAACCCUCCCAAGCGCUCCAAUAUGCGGUCCAAACUCGAUCCGAACGCCGACUUUCGACGGGUGCAUGACCCGCAAACGAUUCCCAAAACGGCAAAGGAAGUACUCGAGCAGAGACACCGGCAGUUCGACGCUGUCGGACUGCAGUAG